AUGGCAUAUCAGCAGGAGUUGUGUUUGAUUCUUCAUGCUCAUUAUGUCUUAGAAGUGCUGUUUGAAGCCAGGAGAGUCUUGAAGCAAAUGCCGAAUUUCACUCACGUAAGAACCUUUGCUGCCAAAGAGAUAACAAUUUGUGGUGAUUUGCAUGGCAAACUGGAUGAUCUUCUGUUGAUAUUCUAUAAGAAUGGCCUACCUUCGGAAAGAAAUCCGUAUGUUUUCAAUGGUGAUUUUGUAGAUCGAGGAAACAAUUCCAUGGAGGUUCUAAUGAUCCUGCUUGUUAGUUUUCUUGUCUACCCCGCUGACCUACUCUUGAAUAGAGGGAACCAUGAAGACUUUAUGAUGAAUAUGAGAUACGGUUUUACAAAAGAAAUUCUGCAUAAAUACAAGAUACAUGGAAGAAAAAUCUUGCAAAUCCUAGAAGAAGUCUACACAUGGCUCCCAAUUGGUACAAUUAUUGACAAUGAAAUCCUGGUUAUCCAUGGUGGGAUAUCAGAAUCCACAGACUUGAGUGUACUCCACCAAAUACAAAGAAAUAAAAUGAGGUCUGUGUUGAUGCCACCAGUGGCAGUAAGUCAUGCCCUUGACUUUAAGAAAAAUAAACCAGGUUCAAGCAGUAUGGGAGCAGGGAAGGCCGAAUCAGACAGGUCCACUUCUGAACCGUUAACAAAGCAUGAAUGGGAACAGAUUGUUGAGCUUCUGUGGAGUGACCCCAGAGGCAAAAAAGGCUGUUAUCCGAACACAAGCCGAGGAGGGGGCUGCUAUUUUGGACCAGAUGUUACCAAUAAGAUUCUUGGUAAAAACCACUUGAAGAUGCUCAUUAGAUCUCAUGAGUGCAAACCCGAUGGGUAUGAAAUCUGUCAUGAUGGAAAGGUCAUUACUGUAUUUUCUGCUUCUAAUUAUUAUGAAGAAGGCAGCAACCGAGGAGCCUACAUCAGACUAAGUUAUGGUACAGCUCCACAGUUCUUCCAGUACCAAGUAACUAGUACAUCAUGCCUGUGCCCUCUUAACCAAAGGGUGAGCGCUAUGGAAUUCAGUGCCUUCAAGACACUGAAAGAAAGAAUGAUUUCAAGAAAAACUGAUCUCAUAAAUGCCUUCCAACUCCGUGACCACAGUAGAUCAGAAUAG